GAGAAAGGAGGCGGCGGCGGCGCGGAGGAGGGUUAUCUAUACAUUUAAAAACGAGCCGCCUGCGCCGCUCGGGGAAGACCUGGGGAGCGUCCGACAGCACGCGCGAGUCACGAGCGCCCCACGCUCCCCGGUGCGCACUGCCCGCCACCUCUCGGCCUCCCGCGCCUCGUUGUCUCCGGACCCCAGACGACCUGGCACCACGUACCCUGUGUAGUCGUUUGGCAGCACGGUGCCAGAUCGUCGUUGAGGCUUGACCGUCGUUCCUCCGCCCUCGGUUCCUCGCCCCAUACCUUCCUGCGGCGCGCAGGGACUCGGAGGAGGCGCGGGGCGAGUGGAUGCGGGCGCGAUGGACAGCGGCGCGCUGCCCCGGCCCGCGCCCCCUGCGCCUGGUGUCUCGGGCUGCUGCGCCGCUCGGCGGCGACCGGAGUCCCCAGAGCUGCUGCGCUGCAGCCGGCGGCGGCGGCGGCCAGGCGCGGUGGAGACCGGGAGUGGAGCGGCGGCCGUGGCGCGGCGCAACGAGCGGGAGCGCAACCGAGUGAAGCUGGUGAACUUAGGAUUCCAGGCGCUGCGGCAGCACGUGCCUCAGGGCGGCGCCAGCAAGAAGCUGAGCAAGGUGGAGACGCUGCGCUCGGCGGUGGAGUACAUUCGCGCGCUGCAGCGCCUGCUGGCCGAGCACGAUGCCGUGCGCGCCGCGCUGGCCCGGGGGCUGCUGGCGCCAGCCGCGCGCCACCCACUGCCCCGCGGGCCACCCGGGGCCGCCGCCGCCUCGCCCUCCUGCGCCUUGUCGUCCCCGGGCCGCGAGCACAGCUCGGAGCCCGGGUCCCCGCGCUCCGCCUACUCGUCGGACGACAGCGCCUGUGAGGGCGCGCUGAGCCCCGCGGAGCGCGAGCUUCUCGAUUUCUCCAGCUGGUUAGGGGGCUACUGAGCUCUCGUCCCAGCAAGCGGCCGCGAGCGGGCUCACCACUUGGGAGCCAGCGCGUUGGAACGGCUCACGUUUCCGUCCCCGCCAUUCCCGCGGGCCAAGCCACCACCGAGCCGGGGAUCCCGCCAACUUUCCCCGGCCGUCCAGCCUGACCAAGGGCUAGUGUGGAAGCGGCCCAGCCUGACAUCAUCCGGGCGGCAGCUUCCUCGGACCCCAGCCACUCUGUCCCCAGAGACCUUCCACUGGAACGGGUCUGCGGCACCAACACUUGGAGGUUUGAAGGGGAGAGGAUUUUAUGCCGACACAGAUAAUCUAUUUUUUACGCAUGAACUUGAACUGCCCAGGGACACUGACAGUGUGAACACUGAUUUUUGUGCAAAGAAUCCUUAGAUUUGGAACACAAUAAAGAUUGUCUACUCCCGCCCA